CCUGCUCCUCAGCAUCCUUCUCUUCCUCUAUGCUCCACGUCUUUUCUUCUUCUUCUUCUUCUUUUGACCUUUUCCGCUUUGUAUCUCUUCUUAGGUCCUCCUCCUCUCGGUCUUCUCUUCUUCUUAUUCACACACUCUUUCCUUUUCGUAACUUUCCUCGCUGUGAUAAGAAACCUACGUUAUCGCAUUAUCAUUUUCUUGGUUGUUUACUCGGCCUCUCUUCUUUUAGCUUUUGUAACGGCGCCCGGCUUAUCACGCUUUGCCUGAAACUCUGAAUUAAUGUCACUGUGUUUGCUUGAGGCAGUUUUGGCACUCGGUAAGAAGGCAGACCAAGUUUAAGCACGUAACGGUCAUGCCCAAGUAAUGUCUGUUUCGUAAUGAAGUCGUUAUCAGCUAAGGGCACGCCGCUCCGGGAGAUUAUUAAAGAGCGACAACUCAACGUGGUGUGCUGAGUGCUGAGUGAUUCCAUAGGAGUGCCUUGUGCUGAGUGCUGAGUGGCAGGCAGGCAGACAGCACCGGUGGGAGGCCGAGACAAGCACACCCCGGGUCUUCUGGGCACUGGGGAAAGUGAAAGAAAAAUGGCAUCAGCAAUGAACAGCCUCCCACAAAAGGUCCGUGUGUGUGUGGUUGGGGCAGGUGUGGCGGGACUUGGUGCUGCCCAGAGGCUUGCUGAGGCUGGCAUGCAAGAUUUUGUCUUACUAGAAGCAGAGGAGAGAGUUGGAGGAAGAGUGUGCACUGUGAAGCAUGGUGAUGGUCAAAUUGAACUGGGAGCACACUGGAUUCAUGGUGAAGAAAAUAAUGUGAUAUAUCAGUGGGCCUCUGAAAACAACCUCACCUCUGAUGAACCUUCACAAAUACAAACAGGGCGAGGAAACACAGUAUAUUUGAGAGCCAACAGAGAAGUUGUUCCUGAGGAUGUUCUUGGUGAGUUUUCAAAAACAUUUGCCAAACUUCAAGAAGGAUCAGAGAAGGACUACAUGAAUUAUUCUGGCUCUGUAGGACAGUAUUUUGUAGAGAAGUUCAAAACAUUAAACAAGUGGGGAGCUUUAGGAGAUGAACUUUUGGAAUGGGAAGGUCGCUUCCAAGACUGUAUCAAUGGCUCUGAAAAUUGGUUUGAGGUGUCGGCAAAAGGUCUGCUUCAGUACAAGGAAUGUCCUGGCAAUCCAGUUGUCAACUGGAAGCAGGGGGGGUACCGAAACCUUGUUGAUCACUUAAUGGAAAAAAUCCCUCCCUCUUGCCUGGUGCUGGGAUCCCCUAUAAAGCACAUAGAGAGGGGAUCUGAUGUCCUGUCAGGAAGACCUGGCUGCAAGGUCACUCUGACAUCUGGUGCUCUCAUACAGGCUGACCAUGUCAUCUUCACCCCUUGUAUUGGUGUUCUGAAGGCUCGGGCAGGUGAAAUGUUCAGCCCACCCUUGCCUGAUCAGAAAAUAAAAGCUAUAGAGGGACUGGGGAUCUAUGUGGUGAAUAAGAUCUAUGUACAGUUUCCUCACCGAUGGUGGAGUGAAGAUUGUGAUGGAUUCAGCUUCUUGCACGAUGAGCCGGAGAAGCCAAUUCCCAUAACUGAGGAGAAUUGGGAACAGGGUCUGGUUGGAUUUUAUUCUGCAUAUCAGCAUCCUACCACAAUGUGUGCAUGGAUAACAAGCCAGGGGGCUAAGAUGAUGGAGCUCACCCCUGUGGAGGAGGUUGCACAGCGCUGUGUAGCUCAUCUAAGGAAGAUGCUCCCAUCGAAAUAUCAGGUUCCAGAUGCAGUUGUUUGCAGAAGGUCAAUGUGGGGGACCAACCCAUGGACCAACGGUUCUUACAGUUUCCGCUCCCUGAAGAGUGAGGAGAUGGGAGUAACCGCAGCUGAUUUGGCUGAACCGCUGUACGACCUGGAAAAGAAUACACCCCUUUUAUGUUUCGCUGGAGAGGCUACACAUGAUUGCUACUACUCUACAGUCCACGGUGCUCUAGAAAGCGGGUGGAGGGAAGCUGACAGAUUGAUAAAGUAUUUCAGCAGUGUCUCAAGAGUUUCUUCUCAUCUGGCAGCAGAGCCCCGAGAGAAGUAUACAGUGGUCAUUGUGGGGGCCGGGGCAGCUGGGAUCGGGGCAGCAAGGGAGUUGAAGGCUCAAGGAAUCAACUCUGUUCUUAUUCUUGAAGCAAGUGACCGCAUUGGAGGUCGUAUAAAUACAGUGCAGGCAUCCCCUCAUGGCAUAGUGGAGCUUGGGGCUCAGUGGAUACAUGGAGAAGAAGAAAAUGUACUCUACCAGUUUGCUAAAUCAAGAAACCUUCUUCACCAACAUUUCUCACUUGAUGGGAAUGGAAUUUUUUUCAUGGAGGGUGGAAGAGAAAUUGAUGACAAAAUUGUGGAAGAAGUCCUUGGCAUCAUGGACGAAGCAGAUCAAGAGUGCUGUGAUGUAGUGCACAAGAAGGACAGCACAACUUCAUCCCUCUCUGUUGGACAAGUGUUCAGAAAAGUGUUUUAUGAGUACUUAGAAAAGUGUGUAAACGAUUCCCCAGAAACAAAGAGAAUCAAAGAGGCCUUGUUUUAUUGGUCAUUAAGGUGGCACAGAAUUGACAAUGCUUGUGACUCCCUUAACCAGCUAUCUGCUAGUUGCUGGGGGAGCUACAAAUUUUGUGAAGGUGAGAGAAACAUGAACCCCAAAAAUGGGUUCCUCUCCAUACUGAAUGCUCUGCUGGCAGAAACAACAGCUGUUGUAAAACUUAACAGUGAAGUUGAGUGCAUUGAAUAUUCAACAGAAGUUAUUGGAACCAAAAGUUCUUUCUUGCGCUCUGAUGGUGUAACAUUUCCUGUUAUCAUCCGAUGCAAAGAUGGGAGGGAGUAUGAAGCUCAGCAUGUGUUGGCAACACCUGCCUUAGGAUAUCUAAAGAAAAAUCUAAGUCUGUUUUCACCGCCACUACCAGAGAUACUUCAGCAGACACUAAUGUGUAGAGGCUUUGGCACCUUGGGCAAGAUCUUCCUUGAGUAUGAAGACAAGUGGUGGGGGGAGAGUUGUGAAGGAAUCCAGUUGGUAUGGACCAAAGACAUUCCUGAUUUUGAGUACACAACCUCUCCUCAUGAAAGUCAACGACAGCGUACCUGUGAUUGGUGGGUCAAGGCCAUCUCAGGCUUUGAUCCUGUCUUCUACCACAAGGCAAUGCUGUGUGGAUGGAUUGGAGGUUGUGAGGCAGAGCACAUGGAAACUCUUAGUGAAGAAGAAGUGGGCCGAGCCUGUACCCGGCUGCUUAAAUCUUUCUUAGGCCAAAAGAACAUUCCAUUGCCCAAGAAAGUUUAUAGAUCCCAGUGGGCAAACAACCGGUUAUUUCAAGGGUCAUACACCUACCAUAAUCUUGCCUGUAGCUGCUGGUCAGGAAGUGCUUAUGAAAAUCAGCUUAACACUCCAGUGUUUGGGUCUGACACCAAUGGAAACAAGGUUCCUAUCUUGGCAUUAGCUGGGGAGGCGAACAGCACUGCAUUCUACUCCACUGUCCAUGGUGCUCUUCAGAAUGGCAUGGAACAGGCAUUGCACUUUGCCAAUGCCCAGAGUAGCCUUGCUGGGAGUAGGAGACCCAGGAGCAAACUGUAAUAGUGAGCUAGUUUGGUUUAGUUUAAGAAGAUGGUUAUGCACAAAUGUUUGUUACUGUACACAAAUGUAACACUGAAGGGCAUGUUAAACAUAAUGUCUGUGUUGUAAGUGAUGAUAAACUUAUUUGUUUAGCUACCAUCAUUUUCACUCUUACAAAUCUUUAGAUCAUGUUAUGUUUGACUGUUAACUAACUACUAUGUUCUCUGUUGUAGAUGAUCAGGAUUUGAUAUCUAUGAGAAAUCAGUGGUUGUGAAAAAUGAUGUGCCAUGAUAAUUGUUAUAUUUUUUUAUAGUGUUAGUUGUACCUUGAUCUACUGUUGAUAGAUUGACAAAAGUAAUAGAGUUUAUGACCAUGUUAAUUUUUCAGACAUUUUAUUGUAGUACAUAAUAGAGAUUACAUAAAUGUUAAAAUGUGUGUAUCUAUCUGUCUAUCUAUCUAAUAAAUGCAACAAAAGUCAGUGAUGACUAAAAUUA